AUGUCCAGUGCGGUAUUCGAGUUCUCGACAUGCAGCUUGGGAUAUAGCUUCAUCUCUUCUGCAGUGUCGAGCAACAAUAACUGUGAUGUUGAAUUCAUAUUAUCUGACAUACCCUUCAUCUCAGUCGGAAUGUUAGCUUGUGGAGCAUCUGCAUUAUUUUUCGUCAUCAGACCUUUCACGCUCGCUGUUGUUUCUCUUUAUUUUUCAGUGUUGCUGUCUUUCGCAGCUGUUGUCAUAGACCUGACUCGAAUCCUCAUUUAUGCCUUGACUCAGGUCACUGUACAGCCAUUAAUCAUAGCAAGGGAGGUUUUACUUGCCCUAUCCCUCGGCCUACGUUUUCUGUGCUACUGGCUGUAUGUCUCUGAGCCCCCUAUCGGAGACCCCCGACCCCCUGCAUGUCAGGAUCGAUGGAACAACUUUCUCACACUCGGCUCUCAGCACAACAUCCACAGUGGUAGCUGGUCUCGGUGGGGUGUUUCGGGAUUAUAUGCAAAGGUUGCUUUGUUGGCCACUAUCCCUGCUAUCACUGCUUUGCAAAUCAUUUGGCGCUUAAUUCAACGAUACCAUGUUUAUGGCGCGGUAUAUGCAGUAAAUGUUACACUGGAGAUCGUGGUCUCCUUGUUGCUUCUUAUCAAGCUGCUAGUUAACACCAUUUCAACCUCGUCGAUUACCCGAUCGCACACUUUCGGGGAAUAUGUGUUUCCCAUUUUAGCGCUAAUGUUUAAUAUUGGCAUUUCCGUCGGGAACCUGAUUCUCUUCGCAUUCACAGAGUCAAUACUCGGCCGACUUCUUCAAGCAGGAGAGCUCUACAUCUUGAUCGUCUUUAUGAUGAUUCUCCAAUUUUUCCAUCACAAAAAGACCCCAGCUAUUUCCAAGACCAGGGAUUUGGCACUAUUGAAAGUCGAAUUGCCACACCGGGCUCGUGAAUCAACAUUCAGGCUAUCCCCACCAGUGGUAUCUACACCCAGAGUAAUAACGCGUUCCAGUUCCGGAAAUCAGAGCAGAAGUAUAAACGCUGAUGUCACCCGUCAUUCUGUGCUUACUACCGUCCGUGCCCCAUGGGUUCCUUGGAGGAUGUCCCAUGGCCAGUCGGACCAAGAUGAGGAGAAAGCAAAGCUAUGGGACCAGAGCGAAGCUGGGAAGGGGGCCCCCGAUCUGCCUGCUGUGGGUCAAGGCAGUGCCGGAAAUCAGAGUAUGACUUCCGCCGCCCCUGUUACGGACAGGGUAUCCACAGAAUGGAGAGACAUUGUAAAUGAUUCUGUUUCCAACUUCUCAAGAUUAUCCUUACUCGAUGCCCAGUUUGCAAGCGCCGGAUCUAGGAACAGCUCAAUCAGCAGUGGUCAAAUUUGGCAUGCAGUUCGUGCAGACAUACCCACCCGCCCUCAUCCUCUGAAGCUGCGAACCGUGUCUCUUGCUGUUCCAACGACUGCAACAUCCUCCGAUGAAAAUGGAGCCGCCGUUAUCAUGACUGCCCCUCCAGAUCCUCCAGCUCAAAAUUCGCCUAUCUUCGCGAUCAAGGGCUUUACUCCUCAACCUCCACAAGUUCCCAGCAGGCAAAGUUCGUCCAGUAGAUCGCUCGAGGAACUGGUAGAAUUGCAGAAUGAACUAGAUAAAACAAUCGCAAUGCUCCGAUUAUUUUCUCCGAGUUCUCCAAUUUCCUACUCUUCGACCUCCACUUCUCCGACCUCCACUUCUCCAAGCUCCCCCUCAUCAUCAAGACGCGAUUCGAAUCAGGCUGAAGAACCACGUCAGUCAUCCUCCACUGGCGCGCGGACGGUGUCCGACUUUUCUUUGAGCAACUUCCCCUCCCCACCAUGGUUGGCUCCUUCUCUUCCUGCAUCCUCACCGGCUGUCAAAUUACGAUCGAAGGAAGACCGUCAGGCCCGUCUUCGGUUAGGUCAAGACUCAAUUUCUGAUACUCUUGGACUUCCGCUGCCAAGAAUUCCUGCAGCUUUGGAAGACAUACCUAGGUCUCCUCGUUCUGACCUCGCGUCAGACUCUUCUUAUCAAGAAGAUAACGAGGUAUUACCUGCGGACGCCGGACGACCUCAUAGGUUCGAUUCUGGGGGAACGCACCACAGGAAUGCGAUGGUGUACAAGCCUUCAGAUGUGUCCGGAGAGAGUGCGCCCAAUCUUGACGUUGCUGAAAGCUACGGAUCUCGAGAAGCUUUCCCUCAUUUGCCCAUAUCGCCUUUCCAUCCGUCGCCUUUGGGGGAGGCAAGACUAAUGAGAUUGCCAUCAUCUUCUGCAAGACAUAGGAGAUCGCAACUCUCAAUGCAGAUGGAGUUAUCGCCUAUCACAAAUUCUGAGGAAGAAGCUUCAGAUCCGGACCUAGAGUCAGCCGUGCCUCUAGUACAACGUGGGAUGCGACCUCCAAUACUUCCAUCCACGACGAUGACCUCCCCUCAUGCCCAGUUGUCAAACGUCAGUGCUGGUAUGCGGUCAUCAAGAGGGUUGACUGGCCUCCCACGAAGACCACGGCUCGCACCAGAUUUGAGUGCUUCAAGGCCACUAUCCGAAGAUAUGCAUAUUCCUGGAGCAUUUGAGCGAUCACAAUCAACACCAUUAAUUUUCCGUUCAGACGACGAAUAUUAUUCGACAGGUACAAGAUCAUGGUAG